AUGGUGAACCAAGGUUUGAACGAGUGUGCUUACACAACCACAUGCCCGGCUUAUGCAACUUGCACCGCCACCACGGACAGUUUCUACUGCACUUGCAAAAGAGGCUUCCGGGCUAGCAAUGGACAAAUACAAUUCAAAGAUCCAGGAGUAAAAUGCAAUGAUAUUGAUGAAUGCUCUCAAAGCCCCCGAGUAUGUGGUCCUCACUCAGUCUGUGAAAAUAUGAAGGGGAAAUACAAAUGCAGCUGUUUGCCUGGUUUCUCUUCUCCCACUGGAAAUGGCUGGAUCCCGGGAAAGCCAGGCCAUUUUGCCUGUACAGACAUCGACGAGUGCCUCACCAGUGGGGUCUGCCCUGAGCAUUCUCACUGUGCCAACUCCAUGGGAAGCUACAGUUGCAGCUGCCAAGUUGGAUUCAUCUCUAGCAAGUCCACCUGUGAAGAUAUUGAUGAAUGUUCUCAAAGCCCCCCAGUAUGUGGUCCUCACUCAGUCUGCGAGAAUACACUGGGGACAUACAAAUGCAGCUGUUUGCCUGGUUUCUCUUCUCCCACUGGAAAUGGCUGGAUCCCGGGAAAGCCAGGCCAUUUUGCCUGUACAGACAUUGACGAGUGCCUCACUAGCGGGGUCUGCCCUGAGCAUUCUCACUGUGCCAACUCCAUGGGAAGCUACAGUUGCAACUGCCAAGUUGGAUUCAUCUCUAGCAAGUCCACCUGUGAAGAUGUUGAUGAAUGUUCUCAAAGCCCCCCAAUAUGUGGUCCUCACUCAGUCUGCGAGAAUACACUGGGGAAAUACAAAUGCAGCUGUUUGCCUGGUUUCUCUUCUCCCACUGGAAAUGGCUGGAUCCCGGGAAAGCCAGGCCAUUUUGCCUGUACAGAUGUGGAUGAAUGUUCCAGAAACUCGACUCUUUGUGGUCCCAAUUCCGUCUGCGUCAACAUCCCAGGAGCAUACAGUUGCUCCUGCCUGGCUGGCUUCUUUUCGCCCGAGUUUCAGACCCUCAAAGAUCCAGGGGCUUUUGAAUGUACAGAUAUCGAUGAGUGCACUGUCAACACCUGCCCCGUCAAUGCAACCUGCACCAACACUCCCGGGAGCUACUUUUGCACCUGCCACCCUGGCUUUGCACCAAGCAAUGGACAGCCGCAUUUCGCAGACCAGAAAGCGAAAUGUAGAGAUAUUGAUGAGUGUUCCCAAGACCCAUCACCGUGUGGUCCACAUUCUGUCUGCACCAAUGCCCCGGGCUCCUACAGCUGCAGCUGCAUGGUGGGCUUUCGUCCCGAUCCAGAAGGCUUCCAGAAAUAUGGCAACUUCAGCUGUAAAAGACUUCUCUUCAAGUGUAAGGAAGACGUAAUACCCCAAAACAAACAGGUCCAGCAAUGCCAAGGGGGAGCCGCAGUGAAACCUGAAUAUGUCUCCUUUUGUGCGCUGAUAAAUGCCACCUUCAGGGUUCUGGAUGAUGUGUGUGAAAACAAAACCACCGUGGUUUCUCUGAAGAGUACGGCUAAGAGCCUCACCCCUGUGCUUGAACAAAUGUCCACAUUGUCCAAAUCCGCCAAGGAAAAGACGACCGCCCUGGCCACGGUCGUCCUGGAGAGUGUGGAAAGCACCACAUUGGCAGCUCUCCUGGACCCCUCGGCGAACGUCAGUCAGACUAUUCGGACGGAAAACCUGGACAUUGAGAGCAAAGUUAUCAAUGAAGAAUGCACUGAACAGAAUAUAGUGUUUAACCUGAAAGCCAAAGGAGAUGAGAUGAAGAUUGGGUGCUCCACCAUUAAAGAAUCCUCAUCCACAGGGACCGUGGGAGUGGCUUUUGUCUCCUUUGUGGGCAUGGAGUCUGCUUUAGAUGAACGUUUCUUCCAAGACCUCCAGACCUCCUUGGCCAACUCCAAGACAAAACUGAAGAUCAAUUCUCGCAUUGUUGGGGGCAUCAUGACUGGGGGGAAGAAAGAGAACUUCUCAGACCCAGUCAUCUACACUCUGGAGAACAUCCGGCCAAAGCAGGAGUUAGAGAGUCCCAUCUGCGUUUCCUGGAGGACAGAUGCGAAGGGCGGGGGUUGGACAACCUCUGGCUGUGUGGUCCAGGAAGCUUCCAAGACGCACACCACCUGCGGUUGUAAUCAGAUGGUGAAUCUCGCCGUCAUCAUGGCUUCCGGAGAGGUCACGAUGGAGUUUUCCUUGUAUAUCAUCAGCCACGUGGGCAUGAUCACCUCCCUGGUGUGCCUCAUCUUGGCCAUUGCCACCUUUCUGCUGUGUCGCUCCAUUCAAAAUCGUAACACCUACCUCCACCUGAACCUCUGCGUGUGCCUCUUCCUGGCCGACAUUCUCUUCCUCAUUGGUAUAGACAAGACUGACAACCAGACGGGCUGCACCAUCGUUGCGGGUGCUCUGCACUACCUGUUCCUGGCCUGCUUCUUUUGGAUGCUGGUGGAGGCUGUGAUGCUUUUCCUGAUGGUCAGGAACCUGAAGGUGGUGAAUUACUUCAGCUCUCGCAAUGUCAAGUUGCUGUACCUCUGUGCCUUUAGCUACGGACUCCCGGCGCUGGUGGUGGCUGUCUCCGCCAGUGUGCAUCCAAAGGGCUAUGGGAUGGAUGACCGCUGCUGGCUGGAUACGAAGAUGGGGUUCAUCUGGAGUUUCUUGGGGCCGGUUUGCGCCAUCAUGACGGUCAACUUCAUCCUCCUGACUUGGACAUUAUGCAUCCUGAGGCAGAAGCUUUCCAGUGUCAACGCCGAAGUCUCGACACUAAAAGACACCAGGUUACUGACCUUCAAGGCCUUUGCCCAGUUCUUUGUCCUGGGCUGCACCUGGGUGUUGGGCGUUUUCCAGAUUGGACCCAUAGCGGGUGUCAUGGCCUACCUGUUCACCAUCACCAACAGCCUGCAGGGAGCCUUCAUCUUCCUCAUUCACUGUCUGCUCAGCCACCAGGUACGGGAGGAAUACAGGAGGUGGAUCACCGGGAGGACCAAGGCCAGCUCCCAGUCGCAGUCCUCGGGGAUCUUGCUGUCCUCUGUGCCAUCCACGUCCAAGACGGGUUAAAGUCCUUUCUUGCUUUCGAAUAUGCCAUGGAGCCACCGUUAGGACAGCAGGUGCCUACUCGGAAAUCUCUUCGCAGCUUAACCUGCAAAUGAAGAAUCCCACCAGCCCCAGAACUCGCUGGGUGACUCAGAGCUUGGGUGUAUGGGGCCGUCUUUCCACGGUUUUACGCAGUGGUGAGAAACAAGAGUUUCUGCUCCAAAGGACCGUUCUGUCUUCUGUGUUCUGCACCUCUGUAAAUUUCCAGAGUUUGGGGAAAUAACAGGUCUCGAUGGCAUGACCAAGAACGUCUGUCUACCGUUUUGUUUUCUCCUGCAUUCGCUGGUGCGAGGCUCCGAGCAUGUCUUGCAGCAUCUAUCAGCGUCUGACACAGAGCAGCUCUCAAUCAAUGAUUUGUCGUCUGUCCGACUCAGUCACCCCAGGACAAAGAUUCUUCCUGCUUUUAAAGAAAUGGUCAGUGAAACUGUAGUGAGAGUCCCAAGGAACCAAUACAACACAUAGACACAUAGGCUACUUUGGCACAAACUCUCCCAUGAUGGUGUUUCCUGUGCCUCAUGCCUGCCAAGGCUGGUAACAGUUUGGAUGCAGACAGCUACAGUAGACAGAAGAUCGGUAACAGUGACAGCGAAUGUUAAGUGAGCGUUUACCCUACGAAUCACCUUCCAGGUCCUAUCUCAUGGACUCCUCCCAACAUUCCCAAGAAGCAGACACUGUUCUCAGCCCUGUUUUACAAGAUGAGGAAACUGAGGGUCAGAGUGGCUCCAGGGCUUCCCCAAGAUUACAUAACAGCUAAGCGCUGGAGCCCAGCAUCUCGCUAUGCGACACUGCCAGUCUAGCAUAUUUCAUGACGGGCUUCUACACAACUUAAAUUUUUGUCUUCUUGCUUCUUUGAGUAACACCAUGUUUGCUAAACCCAACAGUCCAGGGGCCAGAAGGUGGUGGCCUGUUUGGUGCCACAGAGAAGAGAGGAAGUGAUCACGAUAAGACUCCACCGUUGCACAUUUGGAAUGAAUUACGUCGAUAUCUUCAUAUAUGCAUGCGAGUGAAGUCAAAGAAGAGAGAUACUCAAUACUGAAAGUUAAAAGAAAAUAGCUACCCCAAUGGUCAAGAACUUCAUGGAGAUUUGAGUUUUCUGCAAAUGAAUUUACCUAUGAAACUUUUUCUAAUUUGGUUUUAUUAUCUUUUUAAGCCCAUCUCUCAUUUUGAUUUAGAAAAAAGAAUCCCACGCCUUUCCUUUACAUCUGGGUUUCUCAGCCUUGGCAUUAUUGACAUUUUGGGCGGAUAAUUCCUUAGUGUAAGGGACUGUUCUUUGCAUUGUAGGAUGUCGAACAGCAGCCAUGGCCUCCACCCACUAGAUGGCAGUAGUACCCUAUCUCUUGGGCAUGACAACCAAAAAUGUCCCUGGACAUUGUUCAAUAUUCCCCUGGGGGUCCCAGAAUCGCCCCUUGUUGAGAACUGCUGCUUUAAAUGUCCUUUUUGGUUCCAAAGAAAUUAAACGUUGCAUCUGGAAGCAAAUCAA